CUGAUCGGGGAGCGACGUUCAGUGCGCGCGAAGGCUCCGACAAAUGCCAACUGACAAAGAGCUUCUUUCCAUCCAUGUGAAGGAUCUAGAUUCUGACGGCUCCGCUUCACAAACCGAUAUACUCACGGCUCCGUUUCAGAGUUGGCGUGCCUCGUCUAUCACCUUGUCGCUCUAUCGCAUUGUUCCUACUUUUGAAUUGACUAUCUGCUCGAAGCGAUGGCGGAUCCAGGACAGGACGGGUCUCUACUCGGCAUGCUCUCCAGAGGGUUCCAGAAGUUGCUUGGGACUGAGAAUUUGGAGAUCGUAAAUCCGGAAGGAGGAAAGGAAGAUGUCAUGGAUGAAGCCGCCAGAGGAAGGUUCAGCAACCAGGACAAAGAAGGCUAUUUCAAGCAAGCGCAGAAGUACAUUGGCGCUGAUGUCACUUCUCUUGUUACACUUCCUGUCAUCAUUUUCGAACCCAUGACCAUGCUUCAGAAGAUGUGCGAGCUCAUGGAGUACACCGAGUUGCUCAACAAAGCGGAUAGCACAGAUGACCCCAACAUGAGGAUGGUUUACACGGCUGCGUGGGCGGUCUCUCCAUAUGUGGCGUUCUCAAGGACGUGGAAGCCAUUCAACCCCAUUCUCGGCGAGACAUUUGAGUACUCAGACCACAACAACGUCACGUUUGUGAACGAGCAGGUGAGUCAUCAUCCGCCUAUUUGUGCUGGGCAUGGGGAGAAUGAGCACUUCGUAUAUGACUGCACCUCAAAGGUCAAGACAAAGUUCCUUGGGAAUUCUGUGGAAGUUUAUCCUUUAGGAAGGACGCGAGUGAAGUUGAAGAGGUCGGGUCAUGUGUUUGAUUUGGUUCCUCCACCUACCAAGGUUCAGAAUAUCAUCUUUGGCCGCACGUGGGUGGAUUCGCCUGGUGACAUGGUGCUUACAAACACCACCACGGGAGAGAAGGUCGUUCUUUUCUUUCAGCCUUGUGGCUGGUUUGGGGCUGGACGUUACGAAGUUGACGGGUAUGUGUACGAUUCUUCUGAAGAACCUAAGAUGCUCAUCACUGGCAAGUGGAACGAGUCACUGAGCUACCAACCAUGUGAUAACGAAGGAGAACCACUGGAGGGAUCCACACUGACUGAGGUUUGGCGACUCUCAGACCUACCUGAGGACGAUAAAUUCCAGUUUACUCACUUUGCAAAGAAGCUCAACAGUUUUGAGACUGCACCUACAACCCUGCUGCCAUCUGAUUCCCGAUUACGCCCUGAUCGAAAGGCCUUGGAAGAGGGGGACAUCAAUCAGUCUGCUACAGAGAAAUAUAGGCUGGAAGAGCACCAACGUGCAGAGAAACGUGAGAGAGAAAAGCGCAAGGAUGCUUUUGUCCCAAAGUGGUUUCGUUCGUCUGGGGAGACAGCUGUCACGCCAUGGGGAGAUUUAGAAAUCUAUGAAUAUACCGGGCUGUAUGACGAGAGGAAGUCGAGUAUCUCUGAAGCUCCUGUUGAAGAUACUUCCAAGCAGGAAUUCAGUCCUUGGCAGUAUCCCGAGCUGAGGGUGGAGGUGCAAGAAUCUCCUGUGCCAACAGGAAUCGUUGCUCUCUAGCAUACCAGACUAGCACCGAUAUUGUCCUUUCACAAUUGUGUUGUCUGUACGAAUUGAAGAUCAGCCUUUACAUCCCAACCUUGGAGGUCAAGCAGUUGCCACGUCCAGGUUUCUCCACAGUAUACUAGAUGAGAAUUUGUCCAAUUACUUUUUUACAAUGUGACCAUGUUCUAUCAAUAUAUUAGUAGACAAUGUUUCAAUAUUUGUGGGUGUUGCAUUAUUAUGUGAGUCCGUUCAUUAACUAUCUUGAUUAC